AUGGCCGCCUCCACCAUGUCCGCCUGCUCCAGCAACCUCAGCUAUGGCAGCAACAUCUGCAUGCCCGCUUCCCAUGACUCCUGGCAGGUGGACGACUGCCCAGAGAGCUGCUGCGAGCCGCCCUGCUGUGCCCCCAGCUGCUGCGCCCCGUCCUCCUGUGUGACCCUCUGCUGCAAGCCUGUGUGCUGCAAGCCUGUCUGCUGUGUGCCUGUCUGCUCCUCCUCCUGCUGCCAGCAAUCUAGCUGCCAGCCCUCAUGCUGUGGCUCCUCCCCAUGCCAGGAGUCCAGCUGUGUGACCCUCUGCUGCAGGCCGGUGUGCUGCAAGCCUGUCUGCUGUGUGCCAGUGUGCCAGUCUGAGGGCUCCUCCUGCUGCCAGCAGUCUAGCUGCCAGCCCUCAUGCUGUGGCUCCUCCCCCUGCCAGGAGUCCUGUUGUGUGACCCUCUGCUGCAAGCCCGUGUGCUGCAAGCCUGUCUGCUAUGUACCAGUCUGCUCUGAGGGCUCCUCCUCCUGCUGCCAGCAGUCUAGCUGCCAGCCCUCAUGCUGUGGCUCCUCCCCAUGCCAGGAGUCCAGCUACCUCUGCUGCAGGCCAGUGAGCUGCGUGCCCCUCUGCCCAGCACCCUCGUGCUGCCAGCCCAGCUGCUGCCCCUCAUCCUGCUGCAGACCCUCCUCCAGCGUGUCCCUGCUCUGCCGCCCUGUGUGCAGACCCGCCUGCUGCGUGCCCGCCUCCUCCUGCUGUGUCCCCACCUCCUGCUGCCAGCCCAGCUGCUGCCGCCCGGCCUCCUCCAGCGUGUCCCUGCUCUGCCGGCCUGCCUGCCCCCGCCCGGCCUGCUGUGGCCUCUCCUCGGGCCAGUCCUGCUGCUGA